AUGUCUUCCAGCGCUGAAGUCGGCCUCUAUGCCUGGAUGCAGAGGUUUUCUCAUAGCCGUCUAUCAGCUUCCGGCCAUGUUUCCCUUCCAUCCGGUGUAUCUGCUGUAAUUGGCAUUAUUAUAAUUGUUGCUGUUGGCUUCUGUCUGGGUUCUUCACAACAGCGCCUGAUCCCCGGGAUCCCUAUUGUGGGGGGUCAGGACUCUGCUUCCAUUAAAAAAAACCGGACACGCUUUGUACACGAUGGAAUGAACAUGCUCUUGGAGGGGUACCGCCAGAACAAUGGUGGCCUAUACUACGUUCCUAGCAAACUCGGUGAGCGGCUUAUGCUGCCCACGAAGUACCUGGAAGAGCUGAAGUCAGCACCUAUCGACGAAGUUGAUUUUGUGGCUACUUUUAUCGAGAUGUUCGAAGGUAAAUACACUACAAUGGGUAGUCGGUCCACACUACAUCCACGGGUAGUACGCGGCCAGCUUAAUCGGAAUUUGUGGACUGUCAUGGAUGGAAUUCAAGACGAGAUCCGGGAUGCAUUCGACGACGCCUUCCCGCCGUGCGAUGACUGGACAGAACUGGAUGUCGUCGAUCGCAUUACUCAGGUUGUCGCGCGAGUAUCAAGUCGUAUGUUUGGUGGUACAACUCUCAGUCGAAAUAAGGAAUGGGUUAAAUCAUCGAUUGCGUUUGCCAUUGACGGCUUCAUCGGGGCCCAGGCCCUGAAGAGAUACCCAGAGUUUCUUAAGCCCUUGGUAGCACGUUUCAUCCCCGCGAUUCAGAAUAUCAAGAAGCAUUAUGCGGCAGCCGAAAAGGCUGCCAUUCCACUUCUGGAAGAGCGAGCUGCAACAGGCGCUUCAGCAGCCGACCUGCUCUACUGGAUGGACGAAGAUGCCAAAGGUGACGAGAAGAAUCGUGCCUUCCUCGCAGGUAUUCUUUUAAAAGUCAGCUUCGCAGCAAUCCAUACCAGUGCAGCUGCCCCUAGCCAGUUGCUGUAUGACCUGUGCGCUAUGCCUGAAUACAUCGAGCCCCUUCGACAGGAAAUUGAAGCGAAUACCGGCCCUGAUGGGAAGAUCAACCAGAAGGGCUUCUUGAAUAUGACGAAGCUGGAUAGUAUUAUGAAGGAGAGUCAACGUUUCAAUCCUUUGCUACUGAUUACAUUCGAAAGAGUCGUAACCAAAGAUUAUCCUCUGUCCGAUGGGCUGAUUAUCCCAGCGAAUACUACAAUUGGAAUCCCAACGCAUGCUAUCUCCAUGGAUCCAGCACUGUACCCCGAUGCGGAAGUCUUUCAAGGAUUUAGAUUCGCUGAAGCCGCCAAGCAGGCUAAGCAGGCGGACUCGGGAGACAAAUCGGCCAAAGAAAAGCCCGCAGCAUCGACAUCCGUUGCCUAUGCUGCGUCUCAUCCGUCCAGUAUGGCCUUCGGGUACGGACGACACGCUUGCCCUGGACGAUUCUUUGCUUCCGCAGAAAUCAAAGCAAUCAUGGCAUAUCUUCUGCGAAACUAUGAAUUUAAGUACCCACCUGAGCAGACGGGGAGACCCCCGAGUUUGCUGUUUGAGACGCAGAACCUGCCAAAUCCAGAAGGAAAAAUUCUAUUUAAGAGGAGAAAGUGA